AUGGGGGCAAGAGGGCGAUUAUGUUCCAGUGACGAUGGUUACACAUCAGCAGUUGGAGAGAAACUGUGUAAUGUCGAGCCCGGUCCGGCAGAUCCGGUGGCUCUGCCGGUACCAGAGGGUGCAGAGGCGAUGGCCCAUUCAAACACCGUCGGUGAGCCGAAAGGCUUAAGACCCGUAUGUGAUGAGAUGCCUCGGUUAGAUCCGAACAAGACAAUGCGAGUACACACAUUGAUGCUUUACGAGCCAUGGAGGAAAACGAGAGCAGUUGGAGAAGGAGCGCACCAGAAAACAAGACUCUAG